CGCGUCCUUGAAGCGUGAAACUCGAUCUCCUCGGAGAAAGAGAUAGAGAGAGAGCCCCCCCCCCCUUCCGGAUUCGAAAGAAGAAGAAGAAGAAUUGGUGAUCGGAUUGGAUUCGAUAACUCGCGAGAUAACUUCGUUCGAUCGGUGCGUCGUCGAGGCAUAGGAUUCUUCGAGACUAAAAAGAUUGGGCAGAAAGGGAGAGUUAGAGAGAGAGAGAAAGAGAGAGAGAAAGAGAGUGAGAAAGAGAGUGAAAUAAAUUAUCAUCUCGUCCGAUACGCGAUCACGGGACAGAUCGGGAUCCGGAAGCGCUUACGACGAGGAUGAGGUCCUCGCUUGUGCUGCUGUUCCUGGCGGCCAUUGUUCUCGCCGAGGGCUCGAAUCGCGUGAAGCGGCAAGAGGAUAAAAAGGAGGAGAGCUUCGAGAGCGAGAUCUGCAAGGACAAGGAUGCGGGCGAAUGGUUCAGACUGGUGGCAGGGGAGGGUGACAAUUGCAGGGACGUGAUCCAGUGCACGAGUUCCGGGCUGCAGGCGAUCAGGUGCCCGGCUGGACUGUACUUCGACAUCGACAAGCAGACCUGCGACUGGAAGGACUCGGUGAACAACUGCAAGCUGAAGAACAAGGAGAGGAAGGCGAAGCCUCUUCUGUACACCGAGGAGCCGCUCUGCCAGGACGGCUACCUCGCUUGCGGCGACGGUUCUUGCAUCGAGAGGGGCCUCUUCUGCAACGGGGAGAAGGAUUGCACCGAUGGAUCGGACGAAAAUAUCUGCGACAUGGACAACGACCCGAACAGAGCGCCACCCUGCGACCCGUCCGUGUGCGUCCUUCCAGAUUGCUUCUGCUCCGAGGACGGCACCACGAUCCCCGGCGAUCUGCCCCCCAAGGACGUGCCGCAGAUGAUCACGAUCACGUUCGAUGACGCCAUCAACAACAAUAAUAUCGGCCUUUACAAAGAGAUCUUCAACGGGAAACGCAAGAACCCGAACGGUUGCGACAUCAAGGCCACCUUCUUCGUCUCUCACAAGUACACCAACUACUCGGCCGUCCAGGAAAUGCACAGGAAAGGACACGAGAUCGCCGUUCACUCCAUCUCUGUUUCAAGUCACAACGACGAUGAGCGUUUCUGGUCGGACGCCACGGUGGACGACUGGGCUAAGGAAAUGGCGGGGAUGAGGAUCAUCGCCGAGAAAUUCGCCAAUUUGACGGACAACAGCGUGGUCGGCGUGAGGGCCCCUUACCUCAGAGUGGGCGGGAACAACCAGUUCACCAUGAUGGAGGAGCAAGCGUUCCUCUACGACUCCACCAUCACAGCGGCCCUCAACAACCCUCCGCUCUGGCCCUACACGAUGUACUUCAGAAUGCCGCACCGUUGCCACGGCAACCUUCAACAUUGCCCCACCAGGUCGCACGCCGUUUGGGAGAUGGUGAUGAACGAGCUGGAUCGUCGCGAGGAUCCCCAAAACGACGAGUACCUGCCCGGCUGCGCAAUGGUGGACUCGUGCAGCAACAUCCUGACAGGUGACCAAUUCUACAACUUCCUCAACCACAACUUCGACCGCCACUACGAGCAGAACAGGGCCCCGUUGGGCCUCUACUUCCACGCCGCCUGGCUCAAGAACAAUCCCGAGUUCUUGGACGCGUUCCUAUACUGGAUAGACGAGGUUCUAUCUAACCACAACGACGUUUAUUUCGUUACGAUGACCCAGGUGAUCCAAUGGAUCCAGAAUCCCCGCACGAUAACGGAGUCGAAGAGUUUCGAGCCGUGGAAGGAGAAGUGCGUGGUAGACGGGCCGCCCGCUUGCUGGGUACCCCACACUUGCAAGCUCACCUCGAAAGAGGUCCCAGGGGAGACCAUCAAUCUUCAGACAUGCGUCCGUUGCCCCAACAAUUAUCCGUGGGUGAACGAUCCGACCGGUGACGGGUUCUUCUAGAGAUCCUCUAGAGCCCUCUUCCAGGCCCCGUUCCUCCUCCUCCUCCUCCUUUUUUUAUUUUCCUCUCUCUCUCUCUCUCUCUCUCUAAGUCAAAAAGAAAAAAAAAAAAAAAGAACCUCCCUCUUGCCGCCUCUCGAGGGCGGCGCUUCCCACUCGUCCUUUCCCCUACCCUAUCCAUCUGCCUUGCUCGGUCCUUGAUCGUCCUACAUCCGAAUUCGAGUUCGUACGGACGAAAUCCUCGGUGGGAUAAUUCUUUCCUUUUCUUUCUUCUUUUUUUCUUUUUCUUUUCUUUUUUUUUUUUUUUUUUUCGUCCAAUACACAGGGUAAUUUUUGUGCAAGAAGAAUUGUGAAUUGUAUAAUACGGGGGGGGAGGGGGGAGGGGGGAGGGGAUGCGUGCAACACGGACAGGGUUGGAGAAGGGUCGUGGAUUAAAGUAUUAAUAAGUAAGGGGACGAUGUGAAGGCAAGCUUAAAGUCGAAUCAACGAUCUGUGAUAAGUUUCGAACGGUUUCGAGAUUCGGCGACCAUUUUUUUUUUUUAUUCUCUUUACUAUUAUUAUUGUUGUUGUUAUUAUUCUCUCUCUCUCUAUCUCUCUCCUCUUCUCUUCUCUCCCAACUAGACGACGAUUUCUAUCUGUCAUCUUUGAAAUCUAUCUUGGAAAGAGAGAGAGAGAGAGAGAGAGAGAUCGCGAGGAGCGAUAAAAAAGAGAGAAAGAAACAAGGGCAAAAGAAAAAUGUAAGAAUAGAAGGUGGAAAAAAUAGGUGUGUAAUAUAAACGACGUGUCCCUGAAAGGAAAAAAAAGAAAAAACAACUUGUCGGAGACAGAUGAGUAACGGUGGAUAAUGGAAGGAUUUGUUUGAAGGGGGAGGGGGGUCUUUCUGCGUGACUCCGUGGCGAAAAAGAAAAAAAAAAAAAAAAAGAAAGAAAAAAGAAAGAAAAAAAAAUAUAUACAUCGACGACCGCCAAAAACAGACGACCCGUGAAGAAAUCAACGACCGGCGGACAUACCCUUAUUUUUCUAAGGGUAUCGAGUCAAAUCUUUUAUAUAUAUAUAAAUAAAUAAAUAAAUAAAUAUAUAUAUAUAUAUAAAUAUAAAUAA